CACAUUUCUCUCUCUUCACCCACCUGAAGCCUCCCUCAGCUUCGGACAAUCUCUCUCUCUCUCUCUAAACUCUAAUUUAAAAAACAAAGGCUAGCCCACUGCUUUCUCCCAUGAGCUUGUCUUCAUCUCUCCCAGCACCUCUCCCCCCCCCCCCCCCCCCCCCCCCCCCUCUCUCUCUCUCUCUCCCCCUACUUGUUCAUGGCACCCUUACCUCACUGUCCAUAACUUGUCUCAAAUCCGACCCUCUUUCCCACUGCUUUUAAGCCCCUUUCUCCCAUACCCACAUCUCUCCAAGAUAACUUAUUUUUCUCACAAACACUCCUCUCUCUCUCUCUCUCUCUCUCUUUCUCCCUCUCUCUCUCUGUAAUUUCAUUAAUUCUCUCCGGGACUUCCCCUUUCAUCUCCAUCACUUCCUGACAAUGUCGAGCCGCAGUUCCCGUUCAAGGCAGUCAGCUUCCUCCAGAAUCACUGAUGACCAGAUCGCUGAUCUCGUCUCCAAGCUACAACAACUCGUUCCUGAGCUCCGCCAUCGCCGCUCCGACAAGGUCUCGGCUUCGAAGGUCUUGCAGGAGACCUGCAACUAUAUAAGGAACUUGCACAGAGAGGUGGAUGAUCUAAGCGACCGUCUUUCUGAGCUUCUCGCAAACACAGAUAGCAACAGUGCUCAAGCUGCCAUUAUCAGAAGCUUGCUCAUGUAACACUCUACUAAUUAAUCCGCAGCUUCAGCAUUCUCCACUCCCUCUCUCUCUCCGUCUCCCUCUCCCUCUCUCUCUCCAUAUAUAUUUUUCUAAGGUCUGGCGCUAUAGAUGAUGAGCAGCUUGGGCUCCAUUGCUAGAGCCUUAGCGUAGACUUUGUAAUAGAACUAGCUAAUUAGCUGGUAGUUAUUAUAUAUAUAUAUAUAUAAAUAAAUUGGGUUUGCUUUUAGUAGGUUCUUCAACUGGUUUCCCAUCUGCUAUAGAUCAUAGUUGCCAAUUUUGAGUACAUUUGAAGCUCUUGUAUCCAUGAAGCUGAGUGUGGAUUGCUGCAAGCAAGUGGAUUUCGAAGAUUAUCUUUUUCUUUUUUUUUAUUGGAUUGGGUUGUUGAUCGUGACACUUGCUUAUAUAGAAUAUACA